UUUCUACCCACAAGUCGAGUGCAGUUGCCUAUACAGAGACUAUCAAACUACUCUACAAGCUCUAGACCAAACAUGUAGACAUUUUGGCUCAAUGGUAUGUCACAAUAUACUCUUUUCUGCUCAAAGUCUGACGUAGGCGCAUUCUUUACAGAUCGAGAAGUACUGCUACUAUAUCGCCACUACAGUAACAUACUGGCAGUUCACAAGAGCUAAUGCAAACAACUACACCAACAUCACCUCAAUAAUGUCCCCACAGAAACCUCAGCUGAUUCAACCAGCCGGUCCAUUACAAUCCUCUGAGAGCAUCCACUCAUUCAACUUGCUCAUCGCAUCACGAACAGCCAAGAGCCCCUGCACAAGUCCCAAACCUUCGCUGCUUCUCCUCUCACCCAACUCGAUCUCGAACCACCAUCCCGCAAACCGCCCACGACGAGCAGCACCCAGCAGCCAGCACAGAUGGAUGACGAGUCCGCGAUCCCGCCGCCGGUGGUAUUCCAGUGCGCGUCCUGUCUCGUGAUUGUCGCCGACUCGCUCUCUUGGGUGCGCGCGACCUCGGAGCUGCGAACAAUCACCCUCGCGUCCGCACCAGAAGGCACGAUUUCCGUCUCCGACACGCUCUCGACUUCGCACGACGGACAUGAUCUCGGAUCCACGUACGCGUCGUUCGCGUGCGCGAAUUGCAGCGCGGUGUUGGGCAAAAUUUACCGCACGACGCCGCGCCAUCUGGACGAUCUCCGGGAUUACCUCACGUUCGACGCGGCCGCGUUGAAAAAUUACCAGGUCGGGACUGAGGAGCCUGCGAGAGGACCGCUGCCUGCGGACGCUGAUCUUGAUAUCUUAAAGCCAGAGCCGAACGCACUUGCGCAGAGACUCGCCAUUAUGGAGACCGUUAUCAUGGCGAUGCACGACGAGAUCGAAAGCCUCAAGUCUGCGCUCGGCAGCAGCACCGACGAUUCUUCCCUUUCUGAGAAUGCAAAAGCCGUGAAUGCUGCUCGUAGGAGAAAGCGGUAGAGCAUGCAGACCUUGUCGUUGUUUGUGUGUGUACAAUAGGGUGCUGAUAGACUGUGCUCCUCUUUUUAUUUCUUUGUCAUAUGUUUAGUUGCUUGUUUUGUCUAUGUUUU